AUACGUAUGUAUACGUAUGUAUAUAUGUAUAUGUAAUUGUAUAUAUGUAUAUGUAAUUGUUUUGGAACUGCUUGUGGCAGCUCUAGCUCCACCUUCAGUUGGACUCGCAAAAUCGGUCUGCACCGUUGACAGGAGGGAGGGGAUUAAACGUAGCUUUGAUGCAAAGAACUGGCAGGUCUUAUAUAGAACUGGCAGAUCAAUUAUCUCCACAUUAUGUCUACUUUAGGAAGAGAAAAUAAUCCCAGCAUCUCUGUCUGCUGCCAGGUUUGUCCUCGCGGAGAGCGAGCCAACCUCCAGAAUGUGUGUGAACGCUGCACCGAGUCCCCUGAGCUGUACGACUGGCUCUAUCUGGGCUUCAUGGCCAUGCUACCCCUCGUGCUGCACUGGUUCUUCAUCGAGUGGUACUCUGGGAAGAAGAGUUCCAGUGCUCUGCUGCAGCACAUCACAGCCAUGUUGGAGUGCGGCAUGUCGGCCGUGGUCACCUUGCUGGUCACAGAGCCGGUGGGAAAGCUCAGUAUCCAGUCGUGUCGAGUCCAGAUGCUGUCGGACUGGUACACCAUGCUGUACAACCCGAGUCCAGACUACAUCAACACUCUGCACUGCACCCAGGAGGCCGUCUACCCGCUCUACACCAUAGUGUUGAUCUACUAUGCAUUCUGCCUGGUGCUGAUGAUGAUGCUGCGUCCUCUGUUGGUGAAGAAGAUAGCGUGCGGUCUGGGCAAGUCGGAUCGCUUCAGGAGCAUCUACGCUGCUCUGUACUUCUUCCCCAUCCUCACCGUGCUGCAGGCCGUGGGAGGAGGGCUGCUCUACUAUGCCUUCCCCUACAUCAUACUGGUCCUGUCUCUGCUCACACUGGCUGUCUACAUGUCUGCCUCUGAGAUACAGUCUUUUAAGAACCUGAUUGCCAAGAAGAAGCGCCUGGUCGUCCUGUUCAGCCAUUGGUUGCUCCACGCGUACGGCAUCGUCUCCAUCUCCAGACUGGACAAGCUGGAGCAGGACCUGCCGCUGUUGGCCCUCGUGCCGGGCCCCGCCCUCUUCUACAUAGCCACGGCCAGGUUCACCGAGCCCAGCCGCAUCCUGUCCGAGGGCGGCAGCGGACGCUGACGGACCCCAGCGGAUACUGACGGACCCCAGCGGCGAUAUAAAAGUUUUUAGGGUUGGCUACAGUCCAAACUGUACACUGAUGGCAUCGGGUCACUGAACAACUUCAAAAGCAAGUUAAAGUGGAUGUUAUUCCAUUCAUUAUUUGUAAACAGGACAGAUGGUCUCUGAUCUGUUUCCAGAUCAGUUCACUCUGCUGAAUGUCAUUUUGUUUCAGUAGUUUAUUAUACAUAGACAUAUAUUCCCUCUCUUGUUGGAACAAGACAGCUACUCGCAUUACUGUAAAUAAUAAUUCUAUUCAUUCAAAGUAAAUUAACCCGUCAUUUUCUACAAUCCUGACAAAUAGCAACUAGAGACCGACUUCACUGGUACAGGGGAGGCCCUUUCUACUCGUAUGGACUACACAUCUGUAAAGUUUCCUGACAGACAGACACGUACUGAAGACCUCCUCUGUGGUAGUUCCUGCUCCAGUGUCUCCAGGACUACAUUAUACCAUGAUGACUCACACACACUUAUAAGGUGAAAAGAACAGCAGCCACACGCUGUCACAGCUGGUAAUGACAAGUUAUUAUACCAGAGAUGAUGUCUUUAAAUUACUCAUUUAGGUUGACAAACCUCUGCACUACACUCAUACAGGGAUUACCGCCAACACCCCCAACAAGCCACCUCCAUGUUGAGAGCUGUGAGUAAGCAAUCCCAGCUCUGUGUGUUGCAGCUGCUGCGGUAGCUGGCCAAUCACACGUGGUAUCAAAUGGAAGAACGCUUGCGGUGAUUGGCUGCGGGCAAAACCACACAAAUAGCCCAUCAUUCUAGAUCUGAGUGCAAAUAGUCCCAAAUGCAGGAGUCUCCAUACUACUUGGUUCUGGGUUAUUUUGGUCCUAUCAUACCUAGUUCUGUUCUCUGGAGUCACUCACAGCCCACCUGCCUGUCUUAUAUCUAUCCCAGGGUUGAGUGGCCCGUCGUGUACAUUCUCUUGUAAAUACAGUAGGUGGUGUGAAUGCAGACUGAGGUGAGGAGGUUCACUGGUCCGCAUGUGUAACAGAAGUGCUCCUCAGCCACACCGAGGGUUUGUGCCGCUCAUCUGUUACCUUUACAUCAGAGCCAUCCAUUUCCUCUGAAGGUAUUUAAAAGAUGCUUCAAACCAUCUGGAGGAAAAAAGAUUCAGUCCGCUGAAUGAAGAAAAACUCAUUCUUAACUUUAAUCAAUAUCCCAUCUGGAAAUGACACUAUUUAAAAAAAGUUUUGUUUCUUAUUAAUCUUUCUAAUUUAAUACACAAUAACACGCUCAUAUUUUUCCUGUGUUGUACAAAAUGAGACAAGAAGAGCACCUGGGUAAGAAGUACUCAAACUGCUUCAUGGUGCAGUGGACAGAAUAUAUUUUAGUGUAGGAGGAUCCUUCCCACCAACACACAUGAGGACUUAUGAGAGGCACAAACAUGUAAAUAGUGUCACUUCAUUGUGUUUGUACUAAAGCUAAGUAAGUGAUAUUCCUCUGGAGUCCUUUAAGCUGCUAAUGCACUGUCAUGUAUAUGAUUGUGAAUGUUUGUAUGUUCAGUAGGAUUAGCUACGUGCAGACACGCUCAAAUUGCAACAGUCAGCAAUGUUGACCGACCUAUGAUGUCAUGUAUCUGUUUGCUGAAUCUUGUCAGCAUGAGCUUCACCCUCAACUAGUCAUACCAGUCAUCUUUAUGAGUCUCUUCAAUGUCGACCUGGUGCUGGCAAAGUGCAACAAACAACGCAGACGUUCCAGAGAGUACAUGCAUGUGCCCACUGUAAAAAGUAGCCACCUUGUUAGCAGCGAGGCAUUCCUCUCAUUUUAUAAACUGUUCUUCAGAUGCUUUUCCUCCUGAUCCCCUCUCCUUAUUUAUUUGCCCUUCUCUCAUCAAUUUGUCAAUUUUUAGAACCGAAGACAAUAUUUGAAAAAAACGUCUGACAGAAAUGUUUUUUUCGGUGUUAAUGUGUUAAAAAUUUGAUAAUACAACAAAUUAAUAACUUAUUUUUUCUUGGCAUAUGAUUAUACAUCAUAUGUUUUCAAAGACAUUUUGAAGUGCGUGCGUGCUACAGGAAGUGGAGACAAUAGAGAGCUGCAGGGAUGAUGUAUUUUAAUGCAGGCCGACAGGAAGUUAGCCUCACACUGGUUCCCUCCACAAAAGGCCGAUGGGAUUUCUCUGUUGGUUUCUGGAUUAUUCAAGAAAAUAAUCUAUGGAAAACAAACGUUUAUACAUGGUUCAUACUGUUUGAUGAUGUAACACUUACUGCGGACAUUUCAAUGCAUAUUGACUUUUCCUUUAGGUAAUCUCAAUGACAUUUUGCUGCUAAUAUUUCUGCACUAGUACUGGAGUCUGAUUUUGAAUGAAACACGUUUAACAGCAAAACUACAUCAGAACAUCCGUUUACAAGGUCUCACACAACUCAGUCAGUAUAAUCCAAGACUCAGUUUAUAGUUUUCUUCAAGAAAUCAAGGUGACACGUGGUGAGUAACAGAUACAAACGGUCCUUUUGUGGGUGAACUUGUGCUUUAAAUCUACAAUGCACAGUUCAUACAGACUGACGUCGCAACACAUUGUGAAUCAACAUCUCUUUCGUAGGUAGGCAUGACACACCUCAGAAACAAUCAUUUAUGAUUCAUGAAAAUAAUGUUUCCUAGAGUUUCCUAAAAGGAGGACACAUGCUACAGUAAAGUCAGUGAUGUUUAAAGUCAGCGGGAUGGUUACAGUUCAGUUCAGUUCUACAACAGUGUGUGGUCAGUGAACCUGCACAUCCAAACAAUACAAAGUAGUAGAAGAGUGAAAUAUGUGAAAACUACCUGAGACCACCGGGAACAUGAAAAGGUCCAAUCAAUCCAACUUCAGAUACUCCCUUCAACCUGCCUCAUCAGCCAUUUCUCCUGAGCAGUGCUGUUUCACGUUGGAUCAAACAGUUCUGAGUGAAAUGGUUUUAUUCGAUAUAUGUUGAUGGUGAGCAUUCAGAAAGUAUCUACACACCCCUCACGCUUCUUAUUGCGUUGCAGCCGUAUGCUAAAAUCAUUAAAUGUGUUCCACACUCAACAUCCCACAAUGGCAAAGCCUAAACUUACUUACUUUAAUAACUAUGCCUUUGUGUUAUUUUUGGAACAAAGUAUGCAGUAAAGCCACAACAGGAGAUUAGAUUUUCUUUGCAAAUGAAUUAAGAAGAAAAAAACUGAAAUAUGGUAUUGACCGAAGUAUUCAGACCUCAUUCCUCCUGAUCAUCAGUGAGAUGUCUCUACACCUCGAUCGGAGUCCACCUGUGGUAAAUUCACACACCUGUCUUUCAAAGACAUCAGAGCAAAAAAAGAAGAAAUGAGGCGUGAGGUGGGAGGAACCGGCUGCAGAGCCCAGAGACAUGAUUGUGUCGGGGCAUCGAUCUAAGAGACAUUUGGGGCUUUUACAGGCAGUUUGCGACACACGGCCUCUGUCCUCUUUACGGUCCGCUCCGUGCGUUGUACGCAAACCAACCAGCCGACAGUUUGCAGAGUACUUGCCCAAAAAUAAAGCCCAGCGGCAGGGACUGGGGCAGCUGAACAGAGAGUACAGAGAGACCCAAGCACACAGCCAAGACAACGCAGGAGUGUCUUAGGGGACAACUCUGUGAAUGUCUUCUUGGGCCCAGCCAGAACCCCAUCGAACAUCUCUGGAGAGACCUGAACGUGGGCGUCCAUGCGUACCCGACACAGCCCGACAGGUUCUGCAGAGGAAUGGCAGAAAUCCCCCAAAUCCAGGUGAGGCUGACAUCUCUGCCAAAGGUGCUUCAUCUGAGUGAAGACUGAAUACUUUUUAAUAAGCUCGCUCAUAUUUGUAAAAUCCUGUUCUGGCUUUGUUAUUGUGGGGGUAUUGAGUGUAGACUGGAAACGUUGCCAGUGAAUGGAAGUAGCUGACAGAAAAGGUUGAAUAUGUGGGUGACUGAUAAUCAUUCAAAGACUAACCUGAGGAGGCUUCCACUAGAUAUUCUAUCAGCCUCAGAGGACGACAAUCUGAUAUGAUUCAUAGACGAGGCAUUUUGUGUUAAUGGCACGCAACUAAACUGACAUGACAGGUCAAGACAACAACUAAUGCUACGUAGUCUGCAAACUGAAAUGAAUUUCACAAAAUAACCAAAACCCCAAAACAAUAUCUAGUCUGAUAUGACAAUAUUGAUAUGCUACCAGUAUACUGAUUGGCUCUACGCAUAAUACAUUUGAAUGUCAGCAGCAGAGAUAAACUGGAAGACUACACACACGUUUGGUUUCCAGUAUAAAGCUUUAGUUCUGUCGCUCCAUGAGAACACAUUCAGGUCAUCAAUUUAUCUUUCAAUGUGAGAAAUCAUUCACAUUUGUGUCGGGUCCCUUGAAACGAUGAGGGCUUCCAUCUAUCAGCGAUGCAGCGGUGUGUGAUUUCAGGAUCGGUAAUGUGGAGGAGGCCCACAGAGCAGAGAGUGAGAGAGAAGAGGGCCGUGGUUACGCUUGUCUCUUUGGUGCUUUUGUCAUCCGAUCAGCUGGACCACAUGCCGAGGUGGCCUGGCCUGCAUUGAGUUGGGAUCUGAACAUGGUGUGGACAGCAUGUGGACAAUUCAUCAAACUUAUGUCCCCAUCAUCUCCCCUCCCACAUGGGAGUUCCUCUCCAGAAGAGCGCAAAGGGAGGAGAGGUGGAGGGUUGUGUUGAGUUACUGCUGAUGAAAAGCCUUCACAUACCAACAUAAUGUUAUUGUGCAGACUUGUUAGGAAACGGUGUGUGUUAAUCCACCGCUUUACGGACGGUCCGUUGA